AUGCUGACCAGUAGACAAUCUACUAUGGAGAACACAAGGUCUUUUGAUGAUCAGAAAUCAGAAGACAGUUUGCUUUUUCAGCCUACUAGUCGGUCAUGCUUCAAUUUCGAGUCCAACUUUGAAUCACUUCAUCAUUAUACACAGUACAAACGAAAAUCUGUUGAGUGGACUGCAGAUUUCGAAAAUGAACAAACAAGUCAAAGUGCUAGAAAUAGAUCUGUUAAAGAUCUACUGAAAACUAUGCGCAGCAAGAUGAGUAAGCAUGGUCAUGAGCUUAAAUUAAAAACGAGUUCACCGUCGACCACCAGUAAACUCUGCGGUCAUAGUUACAGUACAGUUCACAAUUUCGAUGGAGGAAAGCACAGAGAUGCCAUAUUCCUUCCAAAGUGUGAUGCGAAUUCCUCGAAUACAGCCUCGGAGAAAGAUGAACCUGUCCAGUGGAAAAAGUUUGAAAAUUUUGCCAAAAUCUUUGGAAACAAAAGGAAAGCGAGAAAACGGCUGGAUAGUCAUGUGGAAUUCGGUAAACACAAUAAUAGCACUUCGGAAUUCGGCACAGAAGUUUUGCCUUAUUUUCAAAGAACCAGUGAAAAGCAUGAUACAGUGAGUGACACAUUUUUAAAAAUACAUUGCUAG